GUAUUCCUAGCGCCACUCUUUUGUGAUUUAACAGUCGUGAACAUCUUGAGAGCCGUGCCGUAGAUCUGGCUGCUCCGCUCCCCCACUUUAAACGGCCAGCUGAAUCCCCUCGGCUCGCAAGCAUGCUCCGCCCAUCAUCCUUAUCCCUGCUGUUGGCAACAGUCGUGGCCGGGACGGACGGCACGAACGCAUUUAAGCCGCACACGGCCAUUCUGGCUUUGCCAGAGUCAGCCGAGGUGUACGCUUUCUCGAGUACGUAUGCACGUCCGUCAGCAGUAGCAGCAGCAGAAGCGUCCGGCAGCAGAAAUCACCAUGCAAUAUCUUCGUCAAGCUCCAUCGCAAGUCAUGACGCACCUGGCAUUGCGGCGCUACUCAAAGGCCUCAUGGUGGACCACAACAUCCCUUCCACAUCGCUAACGGAAGCAGAGAGCCCGCUGGACACACUCGAAGGCGAGGAGCGCAUCCACGCUCUUGCGGCGGUAGGGACCAUCGCCUGGCGAGAAGAGAUGGAACGGAUACACGCACCCAAUCGGUACGGAAGGGCAAGCAGAUCUGCGAGCGGCAGUACAGCAGCAGGUAGCGGCUCAGGGCGAGGCCGCGCUCGUGCGGGGACAAAAGGUCGGGAUAGGGAGAGACACCAGGGAGAGUAUGUCACAUCUCCCGACUCCACCGGUGCACGGACAUCAAGCUCGGCGGUCGAGGACGGGCGGUCAAGCGCGACAAUGCGGCCAAAGAUCGCCUUGCCUGGCACAAGUGUCGUGCGAGCCUUGGAUCACGAGCAAGAAGAGCACGAAGGGGUUGGUCUGGUGCCGCUCUUGCUCGAUUGCGAGCUCGGUCCUAUCUUAGUCAUGCCUCUGGUCGCUAGCGCCCCUCAGCGCAAGGCCGGUGGCAAAGAACUGCGGUCGGCAACGUCUAUGAGCCCAUCGACCCCCCCUUCGCCCGAAGGGGACCACGAGAGCCCAGUGUCUCCUUCCAUGUUACUCAUCCUCAAUUGCACUCCUGCGCGAGUUGAGGGGGAGGAGAACCAUCUCACCGUGCUCAUCCCGCCAAAGGUUGAAUCCAGCAACAACCCGGAUACGCCAACUGGCUCGCUCCACUUACAUCGCCCACCCUCACCGACCUCCAGCCUCCGCCGGCUCCUGCGGCGGACGUCAUCGCAGCAAACCAGCGCUCUUACGCCAGAGUCCUCAGAAGCGCUCACAACCAGCGGGGAAUUGCCCACGCCAAAGGGGACGAAGCCGCCCUUUUCGUUUGGUGUGCAGACCGAGUCAGAUCCAUCAGCUGCUCCACCGCAACACCUUAGCGAGAAGCUUAAUGAGACGCAGCUAUGGAUAUCGCUCUACGCUAGCGCCAAAGCUGUCGCAAGAGUCAUCACGCCUGCGCUCGUUGCAUGCGGUCCCACGUUGAGAGCGCUCAGCGGGACUUCGGGCAUGUAAUAUGAGGAGAUAGCGAACACGAGCAUUUUUCUUCAUGUGGCGUAUAUAUGCGCUGUACGUUUCCACAUACAA